AUGAGCGAGUGCCCCAAGAAUAAGAAAGGUAGUGGAAAUCCGAGCAAUGGAGCUCAAUCUUCAUCAGUUGCUCCACCUGACAUGGUUGACCCUAGAGGAGACACUUCUUGUACCGGCGAAGGGACAAACCCUCUAUAUGCAAUCACUAGCCACCAAUUGCAAGAGAACUCUCUAGAUGUUAUUGCGGGCAUGAUCGAAGUCUUUACUUUUGAUGUUUAUGAUUUAUUAGACCCAGAAUCAGUAAAAGUUAUUAAGUACAAGGGAAUUGGAUUAUCUAGAGAAGGUGGUGGUGGUAUACCUUCCCUUCUUGUUCGUGAUCCACUUCUAUUAGAUCGUGGGCUAGAGCUAGUACCAAAUGAAAGAUCUAUGGUAUUUAUGUCGAUGCCUCGUGAAAUACUACAUCUCCCUCCUGGUACAUCUAACACCCUCUACAUAGAGGGACUUCCUCCGGACAACACCAGAAGAGAAUUGGCUUAUAUCCUUUGA